CCUUCCCCGAUCUCCUCAUGGCGGCCCGGGCGAGGGCGGCGGCGGCGGCCCCGCGGUGAGCGGCGGGGAGCGAGGCUGGCGCUGGUCGGGCUGCGGCGGCGGCGGCGACGGCGGCGGCCCGCGGCCCCCCGGCGUCCGGGACGAUGGUGAAGUACUUCGUGGGGCAGAGCCUGCUCCGCAGCUCCUGGGACCAAGUCUUCGCCGCCUUCUGGCAGCGCUACCCCAACCCCUACAGCAAGCAUGUCCUCACGGAAGACAUCGUGCACCGGGAGGUGACCCCGGACCGGAAGCUGCUGUCCCGGCGGCUGCUGACCAAGACGAGCAGGGCCCCCCGCUGGGCCGAGCGCUUCCUCCCGGCCAACGUGGCCCACUCCGUCUACAUCCUGGAGGACUCCAUCGUGGACCCAACCAACCAGACCAUGACCACCUUCACCUGGAACAUCAACCACGCCCGGUUGAUGGUGGUGGAGGAGCGAUGCGUUUACCGGGUGAACCCCGAGAACAGCGGUUGGACCGAAAUCCGCCGGGAAGCCUGGGUCUCCUCCAGCUUAUUUGGAGUGUCCAGGGCCGUCCAGGAGUUCGGCCUGGCCCGCUUCAAAAGCAACGUGACCAAGACCACCAAGGGCUUUGAGUACAUCCUGGCUAAACUGCAAGGCGAGGCUCCUUCCAAGACGCUGGUGGAAACGGCCAAGGAAGCCACCGAGAAGGCCAAGGAGACGGCUCUGGCCGCCACCGAGAAGGCCAAGGACCUGGCCAGCAAGGCGGCCACCAAGCAGCAGCAGCAGCAGCAACAGCAACAAUACGUGUAGCCCCGGGGGACCUCCACCCCCAGCCAAGCCACAAGCAGACCUGGCCCGCCCCCCACCAGAAUCUAUUUUUUUUAAUUCAAUACUGUCUCCCGUAAAGACUUAACGCUUCGAUACUGUCUUCCCUAAAGACUUAAUGCCGUGUCCGUGCCCUCCGUGUCCUCCCUCUCCCCAGCCAAAUACCGUCCGAGUUGUAAUUUAUCAUUAAAAGAAUCACCUCCCACUA